GAGCACUUUUCCAUCAAACCACCCUUUUCAGGAUUUGCAGAGGGGCUAACUUCUCCAAAUGUUACUGCUACGGGAUCAGAGGCAGACUUAGAGAUCUGAUCGAGACGUUCCUACUUCGAAACGUUGUUUUAUAAGCUAUUAGGACGGAUGAAGACUGAAGGAUCUAUACGGAUUUGGGCACAUAAUGUUGGGAUGGAGUUGCAAGACUUUGGCUCAAGGAAAGACUAGAAUAUAUUAUCCAAACUUUUACCCGGUGGAUGCGCUAGUAUUCUAUCUUGGAUUAUUGUCGCUUUUGCUGAACUCGCACUGUUUCUCUCUUGCUUUGCUCUGUGCUUUGUUUUCUUGUUUGGACUAUGGCCUCGGAUCCCAGAGUCCCAGGGGCCGGUGUUUUUGGAGAUUUACCCCCAAAUUAUAUGCGUUCUCCGCCGCCAGUAAACUCAGAUCUUCUCCGGAGACCCAGCUACUGCCACGCUGCUUUCGCAUUAAAACAGAUUUCUAAGGGGAAGGCUGUGGGUCAGAAGGCCCCGUUGUGGGUUCGGGCGAGGUUCCAGGCUCUUCUGUUUUCUUUGGGCUGUCACAUCCAGCGACAUUGUGGAAAAGUCCUUUUCAUUGGACUGCUUGUGUUCGGUGCCUUGUCUGUGGGUUUGCGGGUUGCUGCCAUUGAGACGGACAUUGAGCAACUGUGGGUUGAAGCCGGUAGCCGAGUGAGUCGGGAGCUGCGCUACACCAAGGAGAAACAGGGAGAGGAGUCUGUGUUCACAUCACAGAUGCUCAUACAAACCCCUAAACAGGAAGGGACCAACAUUCUGACCCAGGGUGCUUUGCUGCUUCACCUGGAGGCAGCGCUCUCGGCCAGCAAGGUCCAGGUGUCUCUGUUUGGAAAAUCAUGGGAUCUCAAUAAAAUCUGCUACAAAUCUGGUGUCCCUAUCAUAGAAAAUGUCAUGAUUGAAAGGAUGAUUGACAAGCUGUUCCCCUGUAUGAUUGUUACCCCACUGGACUGUUUCUGGGAAGGUGCAAAGCUACAGGGGGGGUCAGCAUACUUACCGGGGAUGCCUGACAUCCAGUGGAUGAACCUGGACCCUCUGAAGCUGAUGGAGGAGCUCAGCCAGUUCACAAGUCUGGAGGGCUUCAGGGAAAUGCUGGACAAGGCCCAGGUGGGUCACGCUUACAUGAACCGCCCCUGCCUGGACCCCAACGACCCCGAGUGCCCCCUCAGCGCCCCCAACAAGGACCUGAGAGAGAGUCCUGACAUUGCCGGGCGGCUCCAAGGCGGUUGCCACGGCUUCUCCAAAAAGUUCAUGCACUGGCAGGAGGAGCUUAUCCUGGGCGGCCGGGUCAAGGACACCCAGAAUGCUUUGCAGAGUGCGGAGGCCCUCCAGACCAUGUUUCUCCUGAUGAGCCCCAAGCAGCUCUACGAGCACUUUAAGGACGACUAUGAGAUCCAUGACAUCAACUGGAACGAGGACAAGGCCACCGCCAUCCUGGAGUCCUGGCAAAGGAAGUUUGUAGAGGUGGCUCAUGGCAGUAUCCCCCAGAACUCCACUUCAGAGAUCCACGCCUUCUCCACCACCACCCUCAACGACAUCAUGAAGUCCUUCUCUGAUGUCAGUGUCAUCCGGGUGGCUGGAGGCUACCUGCUCAUGCUGGCCUACGCCUGUGUGACCAUGCUCCGUUGGGACUGUGCCAAGUCCCAGGGGGCCGUGGGGCUGGCUGGUGUGCUCCUGGUGGCUCUGUCUGUGGCAGCUGGCCUGGGGCUGUGCUCUCUGCUGGGCCUGUCCUUUAACGCUGCCACCACACAGGUUCUCCCCUUCCUGGCUCUGGGGAUCGGUGUGGAUGACAUGUUCCUUCUGGCCCAUUCCUUCACUGAGACUGGCAUCAACAUCCCCUUUAAGGAGAGGACGGGGGACUGCCUGAGGAGGACUGGCACCAGCGUGGCGCUCACCUCCAUCAACAACAUGAUCGCCUUCUUCAUGGCAGCCCUGGUCCCCAUCCCAGCACUGCGUGCCUUCUCUCUGCAGGCGGCCAUUAUUGUGGUGUUCAACUUUGCCAUGGUGCUCCUCAUCUUCCCGGCCAUUCUGAGUUUGGACCUGCACCGUCGGGAGGACAAGCGUCUGGACAUCCUGUGUUGUUUCUACAGCCCCUGCUCCUCCCGGGUCAUCCAGAUCCAACCCCAGGAGUUCUCCGAUGCCAACGACAACACCACCACCACCACCCACAGCCACGUGCCUGGCGCCCAGACUACAACGACCUACACAGGCUCCACCAUCAUUACCAGCACCCAGAUCACCACCACCGUCCAGGCCUUCACCCAGUGUGACGCGGCAGGCCAGCACAUAGUCACCAUCCUGCCCCCCUCCCAGAUCUCCACCAGCCCUCCCUCUGUGUUGGUGGCCUCCUCCCCUGUUCCCCCCUCCCCCACCGACUCCUACGGCUCCCAGCUCUUCACCCCCUCCAGCUCCACCCGGGACCUCCUGGCACAGAUGGACGAGUCCAAGGAGGCCAGGGAGUGUGUUCCACUCCCCUUCUUCCGCUGGAACCUGUCAAGCUUCGCCCGGGAGAAGUACGCUCCUCUCCUCCUAAAGCCAGAGAGCAAGGUGGUGGUCGUGGUCCUCUUUGUGGCUCUGCUGGGGCUCAGCCUGUACGGAACCACCAUGGUCCAUGACGGACUCUACCUGACCGACAUUGUGCCCCGCGACACCAAGGAGUACGACUUCAUCAACGCCCAGUUCAAGUACUUCUCUUUCUACAACAUGUACCUGGUGACCAUGGACGGCUUUGACUACGCCCGCUCCCAGCGUCUCCUCAUCCAGCUGCACAACUCUUUCACCUCGGUCAAGUAUGUGGUGAAGGACAGCGACCAGCAACUGCCCCGGAUGUGGCUGCACUAUUUCCAAGACUGGCUCAGAGGACUGCAGGCUGCUUUUGAUACAGACUGGGAGGCAGGCAGAAUCACCUGGGAUAACUACCAUAACGGCACCGAGGAUGGUGUUCUGGCCUACAAGCUGCUCAUCCAGACCGGCUCCAAGAAGGACCCCUUCAACUACAACCAGCUGACUUCUCGUCGUCUGAUGAAUGAGGAGGGUCUGAUUCACCCAGAGGUCUUCUAUAUCUACCUGACUGUGUGGGUGAGCAAUGACCCUCUGGGCUAUGCUGCCUCACAGGGUAACUUCUACCCUCAGCCUCGCGAGUGGAUCCACGACAAGUAUGACACCACCGGAGAGAAUCUGCGCAUCCCUGCCGCGGAGCCCCUGGAGUUUGCUCAGUUCCCUUUCUAUCUGAACGGCCUGAGGCAGGCGUCCGACUUCAUCGAGAGCAUCGAGAGCGUGCGCUCCAUCUGCGAGGAAUUCACCCGUAAAGGUGUUCUCAACUACCCCAAUGGUUACCCAUUCCUGUUCUGGGAGCAGUACAUCGGCUUGCGACACUGGUUCCUCCUGGCUGUCAGCGUGGUGCUAGCCUGCACCUUCCUGGUCUGUGCCAUCCUCCUGCUCAACCCCUGGACCGCUGGCAUCAUUGUCUUCAUCCUGGCCAUGAUGACGGUGGAGCUGUUUGGUAUCAUGGGCCUGAUCGGCAUCAAGCUCAGUGCCAUCCCAGUGGUCAUCCUCAUCGCCUCUGUGGGCAUCGGCGUCGAGUUCACUGUCCAUAUCGCACUGGCCUUUCUGACGGCCAUAGGCAAUAGGAACAGGCGUUCUGCGGUGGCCCUGGAGCACAUGUUUGCCCCUGUGAUUGACGGGGCCAUCUCUACUCUGUUAGGGGUCCUCAUGCUGGCUGGCUCCGAGUUUGACUUCAUUCUGAGGUACUUCUUUGCGGUGCUGGCUAUUCUGACCGUGCUGGGGAUCCUGAAUGGACUGGUGCUGCUGCCCGUGCUGCUCUCCCUCAUGGGCCCACCCCCAGAGGUCACUCCGGCCGACAACGGCAGCCGCCUGCCCACCCCAUCGCCGGAGCCCCUCCCCCCUCCCAUGACCCACCACGGCUACUACGGAGGACACGGUCCACAGGGCCCACGACAACAGGCCUUCUCAGAGUCGUCGGACUCUGAGUACUACUCGGAAACGACUACCACAUCAGGAAUUGGGGAGGAGUAUAAGUACUGUGACCGCAGUCCUUACAUCACCUCUCCUACCUCUCAUAUACUACUGGAGGACAGCAAGAACCCCAGCUUCCCCAAACUCACGGUGGUGAAACCGUUCAAAGAGGGCCCGACCGUAACCGCUCAGAAAGAUCUCUUAAAUGAGUCUUCUCUGAAUGCGGUGACUUCGGUCAGCUCUCAACUCACGCAGUGGGAUAACAAACAUGAUUACAAAUCUGACCAGGGACCCAGGAGGCAACAUUUACCCAGUGACAGGACCCAGGGUCCUGAGAGGACUAAUCACUGUGGUCCCAGGUCUCAGACCAACAGAGGGCCUCAUCAGAACAGGACUAAGAUGCCGGCCUAUAAUGGCGGUACCGUGCCCAGUAGUGCUGUUACUACUAUGGUUACGGCCACAGCCUCUGUGACUGUGGCUGUGCACCCCAGCUUGCCGGGGGCCUACCAUGGGUACAUGCACGAGGGCUACGUGGACAAUGAAUCAGACUGUUUUGAGGACACUAAGAGGACUUCACAAUCUUGUGGGAAAGCUACCCAAUCUUCCAAGCGUGAAUCCUUGGAGGUUGAAGACCUGGAAUCUGUGCAGAACCAGCAUCAGGUGAACCAGGCACAAGUUGGCCCACGGAUCCAGGCAGCCAAAGAUUACUAGACACCCUGCUACCCCACCCUGCCCCCUAUGUCUGGAAUCCAUCUCUGGCUGGCUGCCUCUCACUUGGGAGCUCCCGAUACCCAGCCCUUUCACUUUCAACUGUACAUAGACACAGACAAGGAUUUAUUUUUAAAGAUAUUAAAAAAGGUCGUUUUAAGAAUAUAUAAAUUUAUGAAUAUAUAUUUUAAUACUAAAUAGAGGGAAACAACUAUUUAAAAGAGUACUGUAUAACUUGGAUAUUCUCUUGUGUAAAACUUGGAUGUAUAACAUGAUUUGGGGGGGUUUUCCUCCCUCUGUAUAGAUAAAGAAGAUGUGCUAUAUGUAAAAAAAAAAGUUCAGAAAAGUGAGACGUUAAGAUAUUAGGUUAUUGUGUUUGUUCUUUUGCUGCUACACUUCAAAAAAUUGAAAUGAUUUGCAGUACCCCCCUCCCCCGAUCUAAGUUGAGAAAUCAUUUAUAGAUGUUCUUACGCUGAGGGUGGAGGGCGUCUUAUUGAUUAAGCUCUGCAACACACGAUGAUCUAUUCUGAUUCUCCAUCGUUGGUUAUGAUUGCACUGUACAAAUACAAACAAGCUCAGCAAAUCCUCUUUUCCUUCUAACAAUAACCAUUGUGCCUUCACAACACCUUCCCUCUUGAAAUGCAGAAGCGCAGUAUAUAUAUUCAAAGUGAGACAUAAAUAUGAUAUAUGUGGUGUUUGUUUGAGAGCAUCAAUUUCACCGUUUUUAUUUUGCGCUUAGAAUCCCCAGAUAUGGACUUCAUUUACUAAUGUGACAUGAUGUACAGACUUAGCAAAACAAGAGAAUCUCCCACUUUGGCUUCUACCAUUAUACAUGGGCUGUUCAUCCAGAAUAAUGCCUGUGUUCAGACAGCACAUUAAUAUAUUACCAUGUAUUUGUCCAUUUCAAUUAACCUGUAGCUCUGUAAGUCUGUGUGCAGUCAGCAACUUGACUUGUGUCACUUUGGGUUGACGUUUCUUGAGCGUCAUUCAUUGUGUCCCAGCUCACUGGCAUGUUGCAUUAUGUUCAUUGUCAAGUUGAUAUUUUGCAGUCGACAUGUUUUAUUACUUGAAGGAACUGUUAAGGGUUUUAUUUCUUUCCUGAGUUUAUCUAAGCUGUACAUUGGGUAAGGUCAACUUUGUCACCCCCCUUGUCCUCCAACUUAACUGGGGUCUAGGGGGUAAUGUUUGACAAAUGCUGGUUGUUUCCCCAAUCUUAUUCUGAAAGGGAAUUUAAAUCAAAUGCAAAGGGAAAAAUAUAUAUAUUUGACAUUUUUUGGGCUGCUUUAGGGUUGUGGUAGACAUUAUUUCAACCUUGUGCAAUUGUUGACUAGGUAGUGCAUUUUGAACAGGACAAGUACUCCAAGACCCACUUCCUGUGUCAUGGAGGAAGUCUGUGCAGUCACAUGCUCUUCCCCUGUCUCUCUCUCUCUCUCUCUCUCUCUCGUUUGUGUAGGCCUCAUGCAAGCCAGCAUUUCAGUGAUUUUGUUGUUAUUUCAGUUUUACCUUUGUAUUAUGAUCAAAGUUGGUCGUUCAUUUGGUCACAUCACUGCCAAUUUAAAUGCAGGGAAAUGUAAUAGAUUUAAGUGUCAGCUUGGGUUUCUUUUGUACAUAGAGCUAUAAAAGAAAAAUAAAGUAGCUACUGUGCAUUCUGGAAGUAAACAAAAACAAUGAUAUGUUUCAAGUACAACCGACAUUCAUUCACUGCUUCAAUACAGAAAUACAUGAGGGUGUAAGUUAUAGGAGUGCUAGGGUAGGGGUUGGGGGUUCUGCAUAGAGUUGUAGUUUUAUUUCAAAUGUAUGACAUGCCAUAUAAAUUAUUUAUAUACAAAUUUUAUUUUUGUAGUUUGUACAGAUGUUAGUCACUAGACUGAAGUUCUAUUUUUAAAGAGUAAAUAUAUAUUAUAUAUAAUUAUAUCUAUUGUUGCAGAGUUGUUUUUGUUUGUUUGCUUUUAUUUUUGGGAGGGGGAGGGGGGGGGGGUUGUCCACAAUGAGUAGAGGGGGUUUCAGACAGACCCUAUGUUUUGUUUUUGUUUUUUGGAGAGAAGGGUUCACUUGAAAAUGAAGGAAAGGUGUGGCAGACACUGUCCACCAUAUUUAGUUUCCUCACCUUUCCUUCUUCAUGUAAUGAAUUGAAGUGUUAUUACUCUUUUUGUCGAUGUCUAAAACACUGUGACUUUCCGAAAACUAUGCUCAAGAAAACCCUUGUGUGACCAUUAUUUUCCCUCACCUUCUAUAGGAAUUGAACUAACAAAAUAAAUUCAAAUGAAAAAAAUAAAAUAAUCCUAUCUGUU